AUGCAGCUGCCACCCUUCGACAUGUGGAGGGACUACUUCAACCUGAGCCAGGUAGUGUUGGCACUGAUCCAGAGUCGAGGGCAAAGGCCAGAGGCCCAAGAUAUCGGGGAGCCAAGACCCGAGCCCCAGCUAGGGCAGGACCCUGGGCUGGGAGGGCUGGAGGCCAGCGGAGGCCUGGCCACCCUGUGCAAUUUCUGCAAGCACAACGGAGAGUCUCGCCACGUCUACUCCUCACAUCAGCUGAAGACACCAGAGGGCGUGGUGGUGUGUCCCAUCCUGCGGCACUACGUGUGUCCCCUGUGCGGGGCCACCGGUGGCCAGGCCCACACCCUCAAGUACUGCCCGCUCAAUGGUGGCCAUCAGUCUCUCUACCGCCGCAGUGGGCGCAAUUCAGCUGGCCGCAAGGUCAAGCGCUGA